GGAGCGCGCUAAAUUUUUAUAAUUGCUUAAUAGCAGAAGUAAAUCUAAAGCUGCAGUUUUAACGUAUAGUACAAAAAUAAUAUAAAAGACAAACUAAGAAUAUGGAUCAAGACUACUCGAAGCAAACGACGCGAGAAUUUUGCGACAGUGAUGCAAUGUGUACGUCGUCCUUAAAGGAAAUCUCCCUAAUAGAAACUGUGACAAGUUUUCUGGAGGAGAAUGGCGCUGGCGAGGUCGAUCCACGGAUUUUGAAAAACUUGGCCGAGGCUCUAUCCAAACGCAUAAGCACAGAUGACACAAGUCCCGGGGGUAUGCAAGAUGUAACCAUGGAAACUUCAUAUACCAGCUUCGAUGCGGCGCGUGCAGCGGGUGGCAUCCAUUCCCCGAUGCAGGGUCGAUCCGUGCGGGAGCUGGAAGAGCAAAUGUCAACACUGCGAAAAGAGAACUUCAACUUAAAGCUUCGAAUUUAUUUUAUGGAGGAAGGUCAACAUGGCUCACGUGGUGGCAAAACUGCUGCCGAUUCACCAGCCAAACAGUUGAUUGACUCUAAAAUUGAGAUUGAAAUACUGCGGAAGAGAGUCGAUGAGAAGACGGAGCUACUUAAAGACGCGGCACGCGCGAUAUCACAGCACGAAGAAAUGCAAAAGAAGGCCGAUUUAGAAAGUCAGGCAAUGAUUGAACAAAUGCAACAGUACAUUCAACAGUUAGAGAGCUCCGCCAAGCAGAAAGUAACCAAAAAUUCUAUGGAUUCUUUGGACACAGAAAAAUUUAAAGCUCUCGAAGCAGAGCUAUUAAAUUUAGAAAACGCCUUGCUCGAAGCAGAUUUGCGCGAGACAGAGUCUAAGCGCCAUCAGGAGCUGCUGACAGCAGAUUUAGCUGAAAAGCAGGAGACGCUUAUGGCAUGCGAGGCGAAGAUCGAGGAGCUAGCUAUUAAAAAUGCCAAGCUGCUUGAGCAGCUAGAGAAGCGAAACAACGAUAGCAAUCAGCAAACAAAUGCCCAGCCAGAGCUGCGCGCCCAAUUGGCUGACAAAAUCUGCGAGCUGCAGGAUGCAGAGGAGAAGCUUAAGGAGCGGGAGCGAGUGCACGAGAAAGCGUGCCGCACAAUUCAAAAGCUAAUGCAAAAACUGAGCAGCCAGGAGAAGGAAAUCAAUCGACACAAACAGCAAAAGCAGCAACAGAACAAAUCGUUAACAGAGAAUUCUUCGCCUGCCAAGCAGUUGCAUUCGUUAAGCGAUACCGAGGCGUGUGCUGUGGACAUUUCACGCAGCCUAAAGCAACGCUAUGAGAAACAAAUUGAAGAUCAGGAUGAGCUAAUCAAGCAGCUGCAGUCGGAGGUUAAAAAGAAGACCGCAAACUUGCAGAAUCUCGUUAACAAGGAGCUCUGGGAGAAAAAUCGUGAAGUGGAGCGCCUAACCAAGUUGGUCAGCGGUAAACAGCAUUCGCAGCAAUCUGUAGAACAUUCAGGCGAUGAUUCCACCGGUGGCGUAGAUUUGCAACAAUCCUUUACAGAGGCUGACUUCGUCAAGGCUGUCAAGCGCAAUCAGCUGUUGCAGCGUAAGGUAGAUGUGCUGCUUCAAAGAUUGGGUAGUGCGCAGGAGGAGACCAAGCUGGCCUCUCAGCUGAAACAGGAGCUGCAAAACAUGCAGCUUAAAGUGGAGAAUGCCAACAAGUGGCGUCUAGAGUGUGCCGAUGUGUGCAGUGUAUUAACGAAUCGAUUGGAUGAGCUGGCUGGCUUCCUUAAUUCCCUGCUCAAGCACAAAGAUGUGCUUGGUGUGCUGGCAGCGGACCGUCGACAUGCUAUGCGACGAGCUGUAGAUCGCAGUCUAGACCUGUCGAAGAGCCUAAACAUGACGUUGUCCAUCACAGGCGUGUCGCUGGCCGAUCAAAGUCUGGCGCAGCUGAGCAAGCUCUCCGAAAUGCUCUACAAUGAUGCAGAUGAAUGCAACCAUACAUACAAUUCGCAUGAGGAUCUGCAGGCGGCCAAGGCAGCUAAAGCAGAAGCACGCAAAGAGCGACGCUCGCUGCCUCUGCCUCAGCAGCUGGACAAUCAAAGCGAAUCGGAAGCUUGGUCGGAGCCGGAUCGUAAGGUAUCCUUGGCGCGCAUCGGUCUGGAGGAUACGUCGAAUAGCAUAGCUGGCGAGCAGCAUCAUAGCGAAUCGGACAGCGAAGGCCAUGCUUGUGCGACUAAUACGAUGAAACAGGAGCGCAGAAGCGAACGUAUUGGCCAGUUGGAGACAUUGAUAGCGCAACGUGAUGAGCGCCUGCUUCAAGCCCAAUGUCAGCUGGUUGAGGCUGACAAUCGCUACAAGCAGGAGCAGCUGCGUGUCCUGGAGUUGAGUCAGCAGUUGGAUCAGCUGCGUUUACAAAACGAAGCGUUGCAUGCGGAUCUACGUGCAAUUGGCUGCCAGGAAGAACAGCAAAUGGAAGAGCUACAGUCUCUAAUUGAGCAAAAGACGCAGCAGUUGGAGAAACUGCAAGUGGAGCACAAGACGCUGCAGGCGGACGCACAAAUAACAGAGAUAGAGCUGCAUGAAGCGCGUCAACAACUCCUGGAAAUUCAAAAAGAAAAUGAAACCAAGUUUGCAGAGUUCCAGCUAGAAGUUUCUCAACGCUUGGAGGCACAACACCUACUCCAGCAACAAGAAUUGGAACGGAAUUGGGUAGCGUUAACCCAGUACGAGGAGCUUAAGAGUCAGUUAGUCCAUUUACAAAGCUCCUUGGAGUUCUACCAAGAAAAUGAGAAAGAACUGAAGCAGACACUCGUAGAGAACGAGCUGUCAUCACGUGCGCUCAAAAAGGAGCUGGACGAAAGUACGUUGCAAGCUUCAAAGGCUAUCAUGGAGCGCACCAAGGCCUACAAUGACAAACUCCAGCUGGAACAAAGGCUGGAAGAGAUAAAGCUACAGCUGGUUAAAUUGCAGGACGAGCAAAAGCAAAAGCAAAGACAGAGGGAGCCCAGCGAUGUCUCACAAUCUGGCUAUACAUCAGAGGAGCUGCCUCAGCGUCAAAGAGUGGGACGUCUUAGCAAUCCCUCACCGGAUCUGGGCAUCGAGAGUGAUACGGGUCGGGUGCAUAGUGUCGAGCUAUCGAAUACACAGCAUCCCUUGCUUAAGACCGUCGAGUUGGUCAAUGAUGACAUACUGGACGAAAAGAAUGAUCUGUCACCGGAUACGGAACUACCAGCCGGAGAACGGCCCGUGUCCGUGCCCGUGCACGAUUGCCUAAAGGUAGAGCAAGAAAAUGCCGAAUUACGGCGCAAAUUAAUACGCACAAAGCGCGCAUUCGAAGACACCUAUGAAAAGUUACGUGUGGUUAACAAAGCAAAAGCACAAGUCGAAAAGGAUAUUAAAAAUCAAAUACUUAAGACGCACAAUGUCCUGCGCAAUGUACGCUCCAAUAUGGAGAAUGUUUUAUAACAACAAUUGAUUUGAUUGCAAAUUUCAUGCGGGUCCACAAUUAUUUUUAAUUUUUCACAAUUUUCACAUUUUUUAUUUUUCUACUAAUUACUUGUUUCAACGUUUUCUUGUAAAUGUCCUGUACAUAAGGCACGCAAAGCAACGAGUUAUAUAGCACUUGCAUUUUUUAAAGACUGUAUAAUAAUACUAAUAAAAAUGAAUAUAUAAUUUUGUAUGUAACAAAUGCAAGACAGCCAGGCACAAAAUCGUUCAUAUUGAAUGACUAAUAUAUACAUAUAUACAUAUACAU